GAGAGAGAGAGACAGCAGAGCCCCACCUCUGCCUCUGACGGACCUGGAAAUCACCAAGAUGUCCAUAGGGAGCUUCAGUUUGCUUCAUCCCUGGAGUGAGUUAAAGGAUGCUAUAGGACUUCUUGAAAAUUGAAGGGGCGGGGGAGGGAUAUCAGGUGCUAGGAUGAUGGGUCUGCACGCUUGGAGUAAUCUGGGACGACUCAGGAUACUUCAGUACCCAGAGAACUGCAGGUAGCUAACAGGUAGUGGAAAACCAAGGAUCCCAAGGCAAGAGGAUUUGAAGCUCCGAGGGAGGCGUGAUCAGCGGGGGAAAGGCAGGACCCGGGGGUCAAGUCGAGUUUCGGAGUUCAGGCGAAGCUGGCAGCAUGGCAGGGGUGGUGUGGGUAGGAAAAGCCUAUGAGAGCUCUGCUGGCAGAGCAGACUGCACCUGAGGCCCGGCUCGUGGAGGGAGGGGCGUGCGCCGGGCGAACGGAGCUCCGCGGCCGGGGGGCGCGCGGCAGCGCGGGGAUUGGAGGGCGCUCGCGGGCUCCGUGCGCUACUUAGGCGGAGCGGUGGAGCGGAGCUUGUGCGCGCGACCCCAGCCCGCCGCUUGGUCCUUGGUGCAGCGCUCAGCUGCUCCACCGCGUUCCGCCGCCUGGGGUGGGCACCCCAAAGCAUGAACAUGCCCUCAACACUGCCCCCCGGGGUCGAGGACACCACCUGGACCCCCGGAACCAACGCCAGCAGCGCUCCGGAGGAGGAGGAGGAUGCGGUGCGGUCCGACGGCACGGGGACAGCAGGCAUGGUCACCAUCCAAUGCAUAUAUGCGCUCGUGUGCCUGGUGGGCCUGGUGGGCAACGCCCUGGUCAUCUUCGUGAUACUACGCUAUGCCAAGAUGAAGACAGCCACCAACAUCUACCUGCUCAACCUGGCGGUCGCCGAUGAGCUCUUCAUGCUGAGCGUGCCAUUCGUGGCCUCGGCGGCCGCCCUGCACCACUGGCCCUUCGGGGCGGUGCUGUGUCGCGCAGUGCUUAGCGUGGAUGGCCUUAACAUGUUCACCAGUGUCUUCUGCCUCACCGUGCUCAGCGUGGACCGCUAUGUGGCUGUAGUGCACCCUUUGCGCGCCGCCACCUACCGGCGGCCCAGCGUGGCCAAGCUAAUCAACCUGGGAGUGUGGCUAGCAUCCUUGUUGGUCACCCUGCCCAUCGCAGUCUUCGCUGACACCAGGCCGGCUCGCGGGGGCGAGACCGUGGCUUGCAACCUGCACUGGCCUCACCCAGCCUGGUCUGCGGUCUUCGUGAUCUAUACUUUUUUGUUGGGCUUCCUACUCCCUGUUCUGGCCAUUGGUCUAUGCUACCUGCUGAUUGUGGGCAAGAUGCGUGCGGUGGCCCUGCGGGCUGGCUGGCAGCAACGGAGGCGCUCAGAGAAGAAGAUCACAAGGCUCGUGCUGAUGGUGGUGACCGUCUUUGUGCUGUGCUGGAUGCCCUUCUAUGUGGUGCAGCUUCUGAAUCUGUUUGUCACCAGCCUCGAUGCCACAGUCAACCAUGUGUCCCUCAUCCUCAGCUAUGCCAACAGCUGUGCCAACCCCAUUCUCUAUGGCUUCCUCUCUGACAACUUCCGGCGCUCUUUCCAGAGGGUUCUUUGCCUGCGCUGCUGUCUCCUGGAAACGACUGGAGGUGCCGAGGAAGAGCCCCUGGACUAUUAUGCCACCGCUCUCAAAAGCAGAGGGGGUGCAGGAUGCAUAUGCCCCCCACUGCCCUGCCAGCAGGAGCCCAUGCAAGCAGAACCUGGCUGCAAGCAAGUCCCUUUCACCAAGACUACUACUUUCUGAAAACCAUUUUCACCCUCCCUCAGCUCAUCUGCAAAACGUCGCACCACCCUCUCAGCCCAGCAACUUCAAGAACAACUUCUGUUUUCAGGAAGCCAGCCCCUUUCAGCAGUCUGCGCUGUCCUUAGGAGCCUCGGAACUCCUGCUAGCCCCACUCCCAGGACGGGCUCCAAGGACACUUCCAUGGGGGUAGGACUCCUCUGGGAAUUGGGUUAGAGAACCAGCCAUUCCUGAACCUCUGGCAGUUUUUCAAGGGGUGAGAAAGAGGAGGUGGUCAGAAAGUCAUGUCUACCCUUGUGUGACUUGUGACAGUGACUGCUUGGAAGAGCCCCGGGGAGGUGAGGUAGGCAGAGCCCCUUCCCCCUGCAGGCCCUUUGCCUUAUGGUGGUAGAAUAGUGUACAUGGUGAAACAGGAGAAGAUAAGAUACCUCCAAGUGCUUUCCCUGAGUCUGUUUGAGACUCUUGUUGCUAAGUGAGAUGUCUAUGCAACAGCUGAGUGGACUUGCUUUGUCACCCUACAAGUGUCUCCCAGUUGUCAAGAGGCCAGGAACAGACUUCCUGUGAAUGCAAAAGGUUUAUAGAAAUAUGAUGUGGGGGUUGCUGCAAAGCAUAAAACUUCUGGUCAGGAAUUAAAAGGCAGAAAGGAUAAAAAUCUCAUCUGCUGCAUUUUUUUUUCCACCUCUUUCCCUGGCUACAGGAAUAGGAAGCUUCAUUAAAGCCCAAGUUAUGCUAUGAGGGGAGGGUGUCAGGAAAAGACCAGAGAACUAGGGUGGAGGGGAAACAGACUGUGUUUUGACACCAGAUGCUGACUACAGUGAAAGGCCAUCCCUGUGUGCCUGGUAAGUUAACCGCAGCUCCAGUGAUCUUUCCCCUGAGAAAGAGAGAUUCACAGUCUGUGAGAGCUUUGCUUCUGCUAAAGUAGUGGGGGAAGCCAAGCAGACGCUGCCUCUGAGUGAGGAGUGGCUGACCGCAGCCCACAUCUGUACAGCAAAAGAGCCUGCUGAGUUCCACCGACCCGGUGCUGAUGGUACUAGAACAGUAAGUCAGGGGGGCAGGAGGAAGACAGGGUAGUCACUGGGCAGUUUCCACAGCUGCCUGGCAGGGGUGUAUGGUCCUUAAAAGAAAACACCUGGGUCCUAUCAUUUUAGAAAACAUCUCUCUGUGUUCUAGGGCAGUCAGCAUGAGUUCUAACUGUUGGGAGGCUACUGGGAAUCCAGACUGGCCCAAGAGGCAGGGUGGGGCCCAAGGACACGCCCCAUCACCACGUGGGUUACAAGUGCAUCUCUGAGAGCCUGGGAGAAGCAGGGGGUGACCUUUUCUGGGCUGUUUGCCCAGAGCCAUGACUUGUGUGACAGUAGCAGUGCCUGGUAUGUGGGAAAUGGACAAGAGAGCUGAAUUCUGGUCCCAGACACAAAUGUCUUAUAACCCAAGCAGGGCACGCAGGCCAGGUAUUCAGAAUUCUUGCCUGGAAAAAUCAGCAGGUCCUUGUACAGUGUGGGGACUCUUGUUGAUUCAGUGUUUCUGCUGUUUUGCCGUUGUUGCUGUUUGUUCUGUUGCUGCUUGAGACAAGAUUCCAUGUAACACCAGCUAGCCGUGAAUUCACUACGUAGUAGCUAAGGAUGACUUUGAACUUCUGAUCCUCCUACCUCUACCUCCUGAGUGUUGGGAUUACAGUGUGCAACACUAUGCCCACUUUAUAUACAGUGUUAGGGAUAGAAUACAGAGCCUCAUACCGGUUAGGCAGGCCCUCCACCAACUGAGGUACAUCCCCAGCCCCACUUACAUGGUGACUCUUACAGGGCUAACCUUAUACUUUUUUGCAGGAUGGAGGGACGAGAAAUUCCAACUUCUUCACUAACAAUAGAAAAAGAUAAAGGCCAAUGUUAAGUGUCUGGAUGUACAUCUGUAGGGAUCUUACCUUCUCCAAAUGCAGCUACCUAGAUGCCUAAGAAUGACAAUUAAUGUUGAUUGUAGGUGUGUCAGAGGGUUAGGUAGGAAUGUGUAGAAGUCAUCAGGGUCUGCUUAUCAGGUGAGCUUCACUUACCUCUGAGAGAAGUGCAUUGCCAGGUCUCUUCCAUAUGCAAGGCCAUGGCUGUGGAUUGGAAAUAUCUAAAUAGAGCACUGACCCCUUUGGUUCCACUAGCAUGAAUCCACACAUGUUCACACACACACAUGCCCAUAUCAUUCCUAACUGGUCUUUACUUCCCACAGUCACCCUGGGCAUCUGGAACAAGUCAGUCAGUCCCAUGUCUAUGGCUCUUACAUAAGUAACAGCAACUUCUUGCAAGUCGUUAAAAUGAAAUUGUUUCUUUCUCUGUCCCUGAUGCCUGGCAGAGUGGACACCGGAUAAGUAUGCUUGAACUUCACUGCAAGGAUCAUGCAGUGAGAAAUUUUGGCAUUUCAACGGUUGCAGUGUACGAAGGUGUUAGGCUUUUGCCUAGUUUGAGUGGGUCUGGAGUUCCUCUUUUCAGCCUUCUAAUGACUCACACAGGUCCUAAGACAUGCUUGUUUGCCUGGAAAAAGACUAAUUCCAUUUUUUAAAUGCAAUCUUUUAAUGAGAAUUAUUGGCGGUUGAGGGGCAGAUACCUUCAAGCUGAUAGGUUGAUUGAUAUUCUCCAAUGAUAAUGGGAAGCAUCAGCUUUAGCUAGCUUAUGAGCAGGACUUUCAGCUCUCCAGCCUCAGUUUUCCACUCUUAACAUAUGUACAAAGAGAGGGUUUAAGUUCCAAGUUUUCUGUUUUGUCUGUGCUACCACAAAAUCUGGACAUGAAUCCCAGCAAAUUUGGACCCUGUAACACUUGCCUGAUAGAUUGUAAGUGGUGAAUCACCCCUAUUUCUCACUCUCUUAUCCGAAGAACAUGACAGUACAGUCUUAAGUUCUGUGAGCACAGAUGUCAGAAUUCUGAGUCUGUGUUUGUCUAACUCUACUGUGUUAGUCAGCACCACACCCUAAAACUCUGCUCUGUGGGUCCAUGUGCAAGGAGAUGUAUUCAGUGACAGAGCGCGGAGGGUUUCUCUCAGUGAUGCAACCAGCCUCCAGACAACAUGGUGAGUCUGCACAGCAUGGAACUAGCAAAUGGUUGGCAAAGAUGGGUAUUAAUCAAAUAACCAUAUAAAUGGAAGUAUAAUUUAAUUCUAAACUAAAAUAAGAAUCAUGUCUUGGCUGGAGAUGCAGCUUAAUGGUUGACUGUUUGCUUAGCAUGUGCAAAGCUCUGGCUUUCAUGCCCAGCAACACACACACACACACACACACACACACACACACACACACACACACACACUAUUCAAAGAAAGAAGUUGGCUCCCAUGAGCUAAUACAAUAGAGUCAGCCCUGCUCUUAUAGCAGGUAUUCCGGGGACACUGAGGAGGAGGGACUAGGGUGGUAUGGAGGCUUCUCUGUGUGUUAUUAUUCAAAUCAGCCUUUCUUUAGUCAUUUUGUGCAGGCAGUGAUUUCUCUUCCUCUCUUUUGAUGAAAGCAUCAUUUGCAUAAGGUAGAAUUCACCCUUUCCAGGUGUGCUGUUCUGUAACUGUUGAUGUGCAGUCGCAGUUCUGAAGUUGACACCCCAAUCAAGAGAAACACGGUUUCCAUCCUUCUUGCUUUCUUUGUGAUCUGUAACCCACAGAAGUGGACCACAGGGAAGACAAGAGGCAUGUAAAAUUACAAUCAGGCUCUCCCUAAAUCUUUGAGUGCUGCCCUCAUUAUACCAGCCCUGGGUUCCUUCAACUACCCGGAAGAACUCAGCCCAGAGACCCAGGCAGCUGCAGCCUGCCCUCCUUCAGUCCGAAACCAGGAAGAAGCACUCUGUACUUCAGAAGCCUCUUAAACAAACGGGGACAUUGAAUAAGUUCCUGGGCAAAGUUGUGAAGUCCCUGUGGACCUUGUAACCUUUGGGACAAUGGAGAAGGAAUGCGGCUUCCUUCCAGGCCAGAAACCCAUGCUCCCUUCCUGGAAGAACAGUGAGGGUAUUCCUCCAGACCCUGCCUCUGCUGUGAUCUGCCUCUGCUAACUGCUCUGAAGACAGCCUAUCCUGGGUUUGUGUCACUCUGAUACAACUUCUUAUUCAGGCUGGCUUCCUGUGCUUUCAAAGUUCAAGAAAGCAGAAUCUCACUCUAGCCCAUCUGGCCAGCCAGCUUCUCUUGCUGUCAGUGCUGGGUUUCUGCAGAACCACCUUGAAGGAAGAGGGUGAAAACACAGGUGGCAGUUAAACACCUGCAAAGAAUCUCAGGUGUAUACCUGCACACCACCAUUUCCACUUGCAGAGGAGAGUAGGGCAAAAAGUGAGGUCAAAAUUAGCAUGGGAAAGAAACUAGUUGACUGAAGGGAAGACUAGUAACCCCUUCCCACCAAAGCUGAGGUGUAACAAACAGAGCCUGUGCAAUAUAUAUAUAUAUAAAGCCUCUAUAAAGGUUCCUUCCAAUCUGUGAGAUAGGACCUGGGUACUAUUGAGCUACUGGCCCACUUCCUCCCCUGACCCACUUCCUCCCCUGGAAGUGCUUUCUUCUGUAAUAAACUUGUUCUGCUUCUACCGC